AUGAGAUUGACCAUCAUCGCAAGCAUCCUUCUGCUCUCGUUCUCCUCCAUAGUUUUAUCCCAAUCUACGGAAUGCGAAGCUGGUUGGGAUAAAGUCGAACAUCCACCUCAAAGCGGGAAGCUCGCUUGCCGCAAGGUCAAUUGCAUACCCAGGUGUCAACUAGGAGAAGGCAGGUCUCGACGGGAUUACCGUCUUGCCACGGAGGAUCCCACUGCUACCAAGUGCACGACACACUGCUGUCCACCGGAGCAAAAAUUGGUGAUUCAUGAUGAAGAGACUAGAGUUGGUGUGUGCGUUUAA